AUGAAUUCCUCAUCCAAUUCUUUAUUUAUUGAACAAGCACAUCCGAAUCUACAACAACAGCAACAACAACGUAUUCCCUACAGACACCACAAUCCCAUCAUCAUUUCGGAACAAGACCGUCCAUCCGUAGAAGAGCAACAUGAUGAACCAACAAAUCCAAAACGAUUUUCUGUUGCUUCUGUAACAUCUUCAGUCGAUUUUGAAUCAUCCAUUCAACUUAAACCAUCGAUAUUUUCAAUUUCUGUUGAUUUAUUUAUAAUCACAUGUUCGUUAGGAUUGGCAAUUUGGGGAUUAGUUUAUUUUACAAAAUAUAUAAAUCUGCCGAAAGCAAGAGUGGGCAAUAAUUAUUUUUCGGAUCAUAUGGAAGCAACUGUUGUAAAUAAUUUAUUGAAUAAUAUUAAGCAAUUUUUGGAAAAGCCUCAAGAGUACUUGUCGCUACUACAUUCCAUACGGUGGACUGUAUUUGAAAAUCAAGCUUUGAAAAAUACUUUUAAUACUUCUUCAACAGCUUCUUGUAACUUUUCCGAUUUAAAUUCAUUGGUAUUUAAUAUUGUGGUAGUUGUAUCGGUGAGUGACCUUAUUGCAACCAUCUUGUCCAUUGCUUCCGUGGCUUUAGUUUUAAUUGCAUUGGUCAAUGCUGGAAGAAAAUUAUUUUUGAUGACCGAAGUGGAGGAUGAAGAGUUUUAUUCUCGUCUUAAUGUCGGCGGGGUUGAGAAUAACACCAUGAGGAUAAGUGUGGAAAUGGAUAGUCAAAGCACUGCAAAAUUUAAUAUCACAUCGACGACCGCAGGUUCAAAUACAUUAGAAGCAGAACCAUCUUCAGCACGAAAUCGAAAUUCAGCGAGAACCACAGGUAGUUAUAUGAGCAAUUUAGCUCCUCCUUCAAAUCUCAAUAAUUUGAGUGGUAAUAAUCUUCGAGGAAGAAAGCCAGUCAUUGUGACACAAAGUAAGAAAAAUCGAUUUUUCCUGGCGUCUAACAUUUUGACAACAUGUAGAGUUUUUACUGGAAUUGUUUCGUUCUCCUUGACAUUGGUGUUCACAUCCAUUCUCUUUAACGCCAAGCAAGAUACUUGUGCUGAAAAUGUCACCUUCAUACAGAGUCUUCAAGGAUUGAGAGAAUUAUUGCUUCCCUAUCUGAUCACACAAUUUGGUGUAAUUUUCGUAAUUCUAAUAAUUGUGUUGACCAAGUUAUUGGUCAUGUAUUGGCUUUUGGCAAAACCAUCUUCGUGGUUAAAACGCCAUGUCACCAAACUCUUUUCAAAGCAUAAAAAAUCAGAAAUAAACAAUCAAGCGUAA